CUGCGAGUGGGGGAUCAUUAUCUGACUUUAAACACCACCGGACCCGAUUUCACACCGGGAAAUAUACUACAGUAUCCCCCCCGCCCCCCCGGGAUUUUUUUUCUCUGUUGCCUCCCUUCCGUUUACCUGCCCCCGGUCCGAGUUGAGAAGAGCAACAGCCUCUGGCGGCGCAUCACUGAGACAAGCUUCCAAAUCCCCCCCAAACCGCAGCCAUGGAUGAGAUGGACCUGCCCCAGAUGAAGAAGGAGGUGGAGAGCCUCAAGUACCAGUUGGCUUUCAAAAGAGAGAAGUCCUCCAAAACCGUGACAGACUUGGUGAAGUGGAUCGAAGACGGCGUCCCGGAGGAUCCGUUCCUGAACCCGGAGCUGAUGAAGAACAACCCGUGGGUGGAGAAGGGAAAAUGCAUUCUUCUGUAGGAGAGCGCAGCUAGCUUAUCGUUCCCCACGCAGAUGCCCCCCCCCCAUCCCCUGACCCCCGGGGACUCUGCCUCACAACCUCACACCGUGAAUGUAUAACAAUCCGGAGCGUACACACACACACACACACACACACACACACACACGUUUUCCCGACUGCCGCACCUUUCACCGCGAGCUCGUUCUUGCCAUGUAGAUGCUUUAUCGUUACGACCACGCGAUCGAUACUCCCACUCGAUGUCUCGAUAUACGACAACCUACUUAUGCAGCCGCGAGGCACAACGUUUAGGUCCGACUUUGCAACUAACACGGAUGCAUGCCGUUGUUUGCUCCGGUUGGAUGAGCUAAUGCGCUCGCUCAAGCUUUCACGCCGUCGGGCGUGCCGAAGAUCGAUUGACCGGCUUUCAUUCGCAUCCGGGGGAGACGGUUAGCGCGAUGUGCUACUCACUCGCUACGAACGGAAACAAAAACCUUUUUUUUUUGUACUCAAAUGUAAACGGAAUCUUGAAUUUGGUGGCCGACGUGAUGCCUUAAAGGUUGCAAAAUGGUCAUUUGGUCUGCAUCUGCGAUCGAAUAAGAAAGAAAAAAGAUGGCCGCCGACUACGGCGCCAUCUUGAGGUCGUUAAGAAUAAGGAUGAAAGUACAGAAGAUGAAAUCGAGUCAAAUAAAUAGCCAAAUACCUCAAGAAAUCUCUUGUGUUCGUGGCCCUCCAUUGCUGUUUGCAACUUCAAAUGACAUAUUUGAGCAAAAUCUCCCACGGGAGUCAAUUCACUGCCUGGAAUCGUGACCAAAACAAGCAAAAAAGCCUUUUUCCCGCCGCAGGAAUUAACCCCCAUGACGGCGAAAGCAGACACGUUUACAAGCUCGGCCAGUUCUCAUCCCGCCGCGGCUCUGACAUCACGCCACGUUGACGGCAUCGGCACGCCCCUUUUCCGGUUUCACAUGAUAACGCGCGUUGUUGUUCUUGGAUGCCAGUCGGUCGGAGAGCCGCGUGUUUAUCGUUGCUUCGGGUCUCUCCGGGGGGGUGUUGGCAUUCCCCCCCCCAUCCGCUCGCUCCUUACCUACCAUCCCCAGGGGGCGGGGGGGGGGGGGGGGCGACAUCAACACACAGUCAGUAACACAAACACUCUCUUGACAGCCAUGUACAGCCAUGACCCCUUUAACUUAUUCAUCUUUUUAUUAUUAUUUUUUUUCUCUAUUUUAUUUAUUGAUCUAUCUAUUUAUUUAUUUAUUCGGGGGAAUGUGCUCCCGCGAUGAAUACUAGCACUUUCCUUUUUUUUUAAAUUUCCGUUGUCUCCGCCUCCCCUAGUUCCAAUUUGAAAAGCAACAAACAAAUAGCCCCCAAAAACAUCAUCAUGAUCCGAACUACAGCCUCAGACGCAAUUGUUUUGAUAAAAUAAUCAUCAUUUUGAAAAAAUUGACAUGAGCUUUGAACAUUAUCAUUUGACCUCAACGCUGACCCUGGCGCGGGUCACUAGUUAUUAAACUGUGUGGCUAAAAUAAAGUUCUGUCCCUCAAAAUGUUGGUUCGCUAGGAGAACAUUUUUGUUUGUUUAGUCACUUGUGGAUUCGAGCUCAACAAUUUGAAUUUGUAACGUGUGACCCCCCCCCCGCGCCUCACUGCAUGAAGAGGGCUUCUACGGUAGAACACCUCAAGCGCAACAUUGUGUAGCUUUUCCAUUGACCCCGAGUGAAAUUUCAUAUUUUUCAUAUUAUUUAUCCAACAAGAGAAUUGAACAAACUUGUACACAACAAAUGCCGAGAUGCAUUUCACCCGCGUUAGACGUCUUCUCUAUCACGACUGUAACUUAUUUUUGAUUUCUUUUCAUAUUUUCACAAAUCUGCGUGUGUACACGUUACUUAUUGCAAUGUCAGUAGAAACGUUUUUUUUUUGUCCAACUAGCUAGCCACCGAUUCUUCGCGCGAGUGUUCCGAGUUCCGAUUAUGCAUCAGAUUAAGCCCACGUGUAAGGAUGACGAGCAAUAAAUUCAAGAUCAUUUUUUUUGUAUUGAAUUUUUUGCAGAAACAUUUAUCCGAUUGAAUAAAGUAGAAGAUUUUGAGAGA